GGUCAAGUAAAGAUGCGUUAAAACGUGAAGAUUUAAACAACACACACUCGAUAUAUUCAAUAUAAAUCAAGUAUAAACAUUUAAAGUUAUCUGUGGAUGUAAGGGAUGUUUUAACAGUAUGUUAUUGGUGUUUUUAAUUGUUUGUCGUGAUUGUUGUCAAGGAGCGGCAGAUUAAAACAGACGCUGAUUCUUAUUCAUUUAACACUUUAAACGUUUAAAACUCACGUUUAAAACUAAUUUAGCUGCAAGAUUUCAUCAAAGACGGAUGAACUGACUUACCAGAUGUGUGUACGAUCACAGAACACUAACGACACGUUGACCUCAUGCCCUCUGAGUCGCCUGCCACCCGGCCGCGCCAAGGUACCCGGGCCAAACGUAAGGACAGCCGUCGCCCUGUUUCCACCCUGCGGGCGUCUCACCCAGAAUCCAUGACCACGUCUGCACAACGCUCACAAGAGGAGAUUAACAGGCUCGGUGACGUGAACGAUCGGUUACAGAGAGACAGACGGGUCAGUGAGAGAGAGACAGGUGAUGAGUUCACUCUCACCGCUGAGCUGAGGUGGAAAAUUAACCAGCUGGAGAACGAGAAACUGGAUUUCACUUCCAAACACAAUGAAGAGGUGUCGCGUUAUGAGGCUCAGGUUGCUAGGUUACGGGCGCAGGUGGAGCGUGGCGAGGCGCAGCGGCAGACGCUGGAGUAUGAUGUCGCCGUGGCGAGGAGGGAUGCUGCAGCUGAGAGGAGAAACACAGAGGAGAAGAUCACAGACCUGAGAAAACACAAUCACAAGCUGGACGUCCUCAGCUCAGAGCUGCGUCAGAGAGUGUCAGAUCUACAGAGAUCAUUGGAGAUAACACAGCAGGCACGUGAGGAGGACCAGCAGGGCCUCCAGGCGGAGCUGCACGAGAGGGACCGUCUGCUGUUGAGUGUAAACAAUGAGAAUGACCAACUACAGACGGAGAAGAACCGACUAGAGACUGUGAUACAGGAACACAAUGGCACUCUGCAUGAGCUGAAAGGAGAAAUGGAGAGAAUGAAAAGAGACCGAGAGAGAGAUGUUGAGAAACUGAAGAUCAAAUCAACAGAACUGAACGGCAGCACCGAGAGAGAGGAGAAACUACGCACUGAACUAGAGGUGAGGUCUGGCAUCACAUCCGGAGUGCUCAUUCAGUUCUACAGAAGUGAAGCUUCUGGAGCAGACUGUAGAGUCGGAGCUGAAGCUGCUCAUCUGGAGUCUAAGUUCAACUCUGAGAUCAUCCAGAAGGCGACUUUCGGUGUGGAGAAGGACAGUCACGCCGGAGGUCACGCCCAGUCUGGAGCUCCUAAAGCAGAAGUUUGGGAGGUGGAGAGAGCGUGCGCUCACGAGAGAGACCAAUCACAGGACAUGAGCCAGAAACUCACACAACAGGAGAAGGACUUCUUGAACAUGAAGAGUGAUCUGAUUGGUCAGCUGGAUCGAGAGAAGGCAGUGUCCGCUGAUCUGAUUGGUCAGUUAGAGCAGGAGAGGGCGGAGUCAGUCCAGAUGUCUAUCAAACUGCAGGAGCAGGACCGAGUGUGUGCAGAGAGACAACAGGAACUGCACCAGGUGCAGGAGGCUCUUGUGUUUGUGCAGGAGUCACAUGACAGGCUGUUGUGUGAGAUUGAGCAGCUGUUACAGCAGUAUCACCAGCAGGGGGCGCCACACACACAUAAAGCAGGUGAUAAACACAACUCAUCUGCUCUAAUGGACAUCCUGAGAAGAACACUACACAACUACAACACACAGGUGCAGGAGUCUUUGCUGGUGCUGCAGAAGUUGAAUCAUGAGAUGAGAGUAAAAGAUGAACGGAUCUCUGAAUUACAGAAGAAAAUACAGGAGUGUGACACACACGGUCUGUGUGUAAAUGAGGAGGUGAAGCGUUUGCGUGAGUGUGCCGCAGACGCUGCAGCCGACGCAGACAGCGCUCAGAGAGAUCUGCGCAGACUCACACACCUCCUGCAGGAGGAGAAAGCACAACACACACACACACAAGCACAGAUAAACACACUCCAACAACAACACAACAGAGACAGCCAGGAGAAGUUGUCAUUUCUGCACACAUUGUAUCAGCGCUUGGUUGCCGGGUGUGUAGCUGGUGACGCCACAGACAGCAUGCUGGGUAGCUUGUGGGCGGAGCUUAGUGCAAUGGUACAGGAGCACGUGGACGCUCUGACCUCUGACCUCACCGCCACCAAUCAGAAACUUAUGGAAAGUGUGAGCCAACUGAAACAAUGUGAAGAGAUGUGGAUCAAACAGAAAGAAGAACUGAACACACACCACACAAACAUCAACAACAAACUACAACAGAGAACACAGGAUCUCAGAAGGCAGCUCGAUGAGGCGCGGAGGGGCGGUCCAAUCUCUGGAGCACGCCAGUCCGAGCAGGUACAGGAAGUGACACGCCUGCAGGGGUUAGUGAGCAUGUGCGGCGCUGAGGAGGGUCUAUUAGCAGCAUGCGGUGUUUUAGUGGGAUGCCUGCGCAGCUGGCGCAGACAGGUGUGUGUGCUGGUGUGGCAGAAGGUCGCGUUGCAGGACGCUGCAGGCGACGCCGGAUCCUUCAAGACGGAUGUCGGCACGCUACUGCACGCGGCCAGUGACCCUGGGGUCAAAGGUCAGGAGGUCAGAGGUCAGUCCGCGGCGCAUGUUUCGGCGGUGUGUUAUCGCCGCUGGCGGCAGGUCGCUUCACGGCAUGGCCGGAGCUCCGAGGUGCUGUUCAGGGUUGCCAGGUUACGGGCAGCAGCCGGACGGUGUGUGAGUGAUGUGAAGGUGAGAGAGGAAGAGGAGGAUAAAGACAGAAUGAUGAAGAUGCUGAACUCAUCAGAGCUUCUUGUGAUCAUACACACCUGCAUGGAGGAAGUACAAGACCAGCUGAACACAACAGAAUGUGUGAAGGACAGCACUCGUCUAAGAUCUGUGGCUCAGAGCGCAAGCAGGAAGUUGUUUGAGCGGCUGCUGUCAGAUGUGGACUUUCAGUGCAGUGGUUAUUAUGGGAAGAACUCGUUGGCACGGCGACUGGCUCAUGGACUCCACAGACUCACAACUGACCAACACAGUAAACACCGACACUGGAACAGUAAGGUGAUGGUGGCGUCUCUUCAGAAACACAUUCUGGAGUUCACGCAGCGGCUGCAUUCAGCUGAAGUGGAGCGGAGAAACCUGCGACUGGAGCUGUCACGCGAUGAAACGCACAAACACACACACCGAUCACGACACACACACACUGCGCGUGUUCCCGCGCAGCAGUUCGAGGCCAUGUGUAGUGAGCUCAGUAGUGCACUAGAGAGGGAGCAGCGUGCUCAGUGUCUGCUGUAUGAUCAGGCAGCACAUCUGAAGCAGCUCGGACUCAGUAUGCAGCUGAACACGGGAGAACAGCUGGAGAAAGACCAAACACUCGCACACGCUGUACAGAGUUUGUCUGAAGCUAAACUGCAGUUGAAGAGGAAGAAUCAGUGUGUGAGGUCACUGGAGAAACACUUCAGCCAAUCACAGCAGGAGAAACAACAGCUGAAGCAACACAUCAACAGCACGGAGAACGCACUGCGCGACGCGACUGUGGUGACUGUGACUGGCGCGCGUGACUGCGCAGUGACUGUGACUGCGCGUGUGAUCAGUGCGAAUAAAGAGUCUCUGAUGAACUAUGUGAAAUCUGUGGAGGAACAUUUCAAGAAGAUGAAAGAUGACAUCAUCAUAUCCAGAAGCGUGACGUCACAUGACGCUCAGCUGUCCAAAAUGCCCCGCCUCCCAUCAGACUCGCAGAGGAUCAUGGGAAACACAGAGAUGGUUGCGUGUCAGAGUCUGGUGUGUAGUUUCCUGAGUGUAUCAGCUGGCGGCAGUAAAAUCUCGUCUCAGGAGCGCGAGAUCUCGUCAUAUCAGACUCACAUUACAGCACUGAAGAGUGAACUACACGACGCCUGUCUGAGAGAACAACACUCGUAUAUCCCGUCCUUCAGGCCUCUUGAAGAAGAGGUGGAUUGUGGGACGUGUGAACUGAAAGGUUUCUCCACGAACACACUCACGGGCCACACACUGACAAUCAAAGAGAAAAAACAUGAAGGAUGAUGAACUGGCUGCUACACUUUUAAUGUGAUUUUUAUUUGUAAUAUUCGAUUUGUCAUUUCAGCAGAUGAUCUGUAUCAGUGACGCUCGUAAUUAGUGUUAUUAAAAACACCAGUAAUGAUGAAACGGCAAUACUGUUCUCUCUUACACAAACACACAACACUGACAGGGUAUUACAGGGUUAAAUGGUACAACAACAGUCUUCAUUAUCAUUUAAAGAGGUCUUAAAUUAGGUCCAAAAACAUCUCCAAACAAAUAAAAGAUAAUAAUUGUACAUAAGAACUAAUUACACAUGCAAACACAACAAUGACUAAAGGUUUGCAUAGCAUGCAGACAUGAUUUUAGUCAUGAGAUUUCACAGAAUGAGUUUCAUUCUGUGUCAUUUGAGUCAUCAUUGAGUCUGUGUCGUGUAUUUGGCGCCAUCUCCUGGUGGUCAUAUGUAACAUUGUGCUUCAUGUGGAUUAUCUAAUGAUCUAUACAUCUGAUUAUCUUGUGUGUGGACUCGAUUGAAAGAUAAUCACAGACUCUAA